AACCACCACGUUCGUAGAUGAACUCGUAGAAGCUUAGGUGAGACCCGGGUAGAGAGAGCGACCAAAAGGUGAAGGAAAAGCCUCACAACUUCAUCAACGGAAAUUAGUUAUCAGCUCCAGCUCUUUGGGCUGACCGGUAGACUUAAAAUAAUCUAAAAUUUAAAAUUCUUUUCUCUCUCUUCGUCUCUCUCACAGUUGUCUCCCUUCGUUUCUCGGCUUCUAAGUUUUCUUUUCUCUUUCUGCUCUUUUUUUUUUUUUGGGGGUUUUUUUCCUUUUCUGUUUGGCUGUGGGGGAUUUUGACUUUCCCGGGAAAGCUCGGGAAAAAUAAGAGGAAUGGUUAGAAUGAGGAGCAUACCACUGAGCUUAGCGCCUAUGGAGCUUCCAGCUAUGGUGUCCGAUUGGUGGGACGAGAUCAAUGAGUCGACUCAGUGGCAGGAUGGCAUCUUCUACGCUCUCUGCGCCGCUUAUGCCCUAGUGUCCUCCGUUGCUCUGAUACAAUUAAUAAGGAUUGAAUUGAGAGUGCCCGAAUAUGGUUGGACUACACAGAAGGUUUUCCAUCUUAUGAACUUCAUUGUUAAUGGAGUGCGUGCAAUUGUGUUUGGAUUUCACAAGCAAGUAUUUGUAUUGCAUCCCAAGGUACUCACACUUGUACUGUUGGAUCUUCCGGGCCUUCUGUUUUUCUCCACGUACACAUUACUUGUCCUGUUUUGGGCAGAGAUUUAUCAUCAGGCAAGAAGCUUACCAACGGAUAAGCUCAGAAUUUUUUAUAUGUCAAUCAAUGGUGUUAUUUACUUUAUACAGGUCUGCAUUUGGGUAUACCUCUGGAUAGAUGACAACAGUGUGGUGGAAUUCAUUGGAAAAAUCUUUAUUGCAGUGGUGUCAUUUAUAGCUGCAUUAGGAUUCUUGUUGUAUGGAGGAAGACUGUUUUUCAUGCUAAGACGUUUCCCUAUUGAAUCAAAAGGAAGAAGGAAGAAGCUUCAUGAGGUUGGAUCUGUUACAGCCAUUUGUUUCACCUGCUUUCUUAUUAGGUGCUUUGUGGUGGUUUUAUCUGCUUUUGAUUCAGAUGCAUCACUUGAUGUUUUGGACCAUCCAGUUUUGAACUUGAUCUAUUACAUGGUGGUUGAGAUCCUACCGUCAGCUCUAGUCUUGUACAUCCUGCGUAAGUUGCCUCCAAAGAGAAUAUCUGCCCAAUAUCACCCCAUCCGUUAGCCAGAAUGCUUCUUUGUUCGUAGGAUUAAUUUUUCCCCUAGAAAAAAGGUUUUGGCAUGGCUCGGAGGGUUAGUUACUGUCGGCGUUGAGUGAGAAGCGGAGCCAGAGAACAAUCCAGAAAUAGAACUGGAAUGGCUCAUGGUGCCGGCAAAAUCUUUUACAUGUAUAUUACAUAGAUAUUUGCAGCUUUGUUAAGGGAGAUCAUUGAAUUGAUUUCUUCAUGGGUUAUGUGAUCAAAGAGUUGGUUAAUUGACACUCUUUUGGCAUUAUUUGUCGACAAUUGGAAGAAAAUUUUUUUCUUGUAGGUUCAAUCAGCAAUGCAGUAGUUGUUGCAUCUGUUUGUGCUUAGAGAUUGAACUUUAUGGUUUGUUAUAAAGACUUGCUCGAAAUGAUAUUAGUUUAAUUUUUUUUUUCUCUUCAA